AGACUAUGGGCAAAACCGGAUACUCCGCUUUUUUCAAAAACUGGUGACUUUAUACUUGGAGGAAUUUUUACAUUUCAUAAUAACAUUGAAUACUCUAAAGUCACCUUUACAUCUAUGCCGCAAACACUGAGCUGCAAAGAUUUAGAUUACAGAGAAUAUCAGUUUGCUGAAACCAUGAUCUUUGCGAUUGAAGAAAUAAACAACAGAACAGAUAUUUUGCCAAAUGUAAUUUUGGGUUAUAAGAUAUAUGAUGCUUGUGGUUCUGUUUCUUUGGCAAUCAAAGUUGCAAUGGCACUAAUGAGUGGAGCAGGAGAAGCAGAAUCAUCAACUCUGCCGUGUUCUCAACAGUCUAGCAUUCAUGCAAUCAUAGGACAGUCUGGCUCUUCUCCAACUAUUGGGAUUGCAACAGUUGUUGGUCAGUUUAACAUACCAGUGAUCAGUCAUUUUGCUACUUGUGCAUGUCUCAGCAACAGAAGAAAAUUUCCCACUUUUUUUAGGACAAUACCAAGUGAUUAUUAUCAAAGCAGAGCACUGGCACAACUUGUCAAGCACUUUGGAUGGACCUGGGUGGGAACAAUACGAAGUGACAAUGACUAUGGCAAUUCUGGCAUGGCUACUUUUAUCCAAGCAGCCCAGCUGGAAGGUAUCUGCAUUGAAUAUUCAGAGGCAAUAUACCGGACCAAUCCAAGAGAAAAAUUUCUGAAAACAGUUGAAAUAAUUAAAAUGGCAUCUUCAAAAAUUGUUGUUGCUUUUACAUCUGUUAUAGAUAUGGAAUUUUUACUAAAGGAACUGGUACUUCAGAAUGUUAUCGGUUUACAGUGGGUAGGCAGUGAAUCUUGGGUUUCUGCCAUAAACCUAGCAAAUAAAGAAACAUAUAGCAUUCUUAAAGGGUCGAUUGGUUUUUCAAUUGCUAAUGCAGAAAUACCAGGGCUAAAAGAAUUUUUAAUGAAAGUUAAGCCAACAUCUACUCUAGGUAAUGACGGUUUAGUAGAAUUUUGGGAGAAUAUUUUUGACUGUACUUUUAAUAAUUCAAAUUCUAAGAUGUGCACAGGAAAAGAGAAUCUGCAUGAAAUAAGCAAUUUGUACACUGAUAUCACUGAAUUAAGAAUAACAUAUAAUGUUUACAAAGCAGUAUAUGCAGUAGCAUAUGCACUCCAUGAUGUCUUUACAUGCCUCAAUAACCAGGGAGCUUGUUUGGAUAUCCAAAGAGAUACACAGCCACAGCAGGUACUAAAAUACUUAAAAGAGGUUAAUUUCACCAUGAAAAAUGGAGAUGGCAUCAAUUUUGACAUUAAUGGAGAUCCACCUGCAAGAUAUGAACUAGUGAAUUGGCAGCUUAGCGUAAAUGGAAUCAUAGAUUUUGUGACUGUUGGAUUAUAUGAUGCAUCAUUACCAAAUGGAAAGCAGUUUAUAAUGAAUAACAGCAUUGUGUGGGCUAGUGAUGAUAAGAUUCCAAAAUCUGUAUGCAGUGAAAGCUGCCCUACUGGCACACGAAAGGCUAUACAGAAAGGCAAACCAGCAUGCUGCUUUGAUUGCAUACCUUGUGCAGAGGGAGAAAUUAGCAACAUUACAGAUUCAAUUCACUGCUUGAAGUGUCCUUUGGAUUACAAGACCAACGAACAGAAGGACCAGUGCAUUAUGAAGGACACAGAAUUUUUAUCUUAUGAAGAAAUCAUGGGGAAAAUUUUAAUAAUAUUUUCUUUGCUGGGUGUUUUCAUAACAUUAGCAGUAAUUGCUAUAUUUUUCAAGUUCAGAGAUACUCCCAUUGUAAAGGCUAAUAAUUCUGAACUAAGUUUUCUUCUUCUUUUUUCAUUGACGCUGUGUUUUCUGUGCUCACUUACAUUUAUUGGGGAGCCCACUGAGUGGUCCUGCAUGUUACGACACACAGCCUUUGGGAUCACAUUUGUCCUGUGCAUUUCAUGUGUUCUGGGAAAAACAAUAGUUGUACUGAUGGCAUUCAGAGCGACAAGGCCAGGAAGUAAUAUAAUGAAAUACUUCGGACCAACACAACAGCGUAUCAGUGUUCUAAUUUUCACUCUUAUUCAGGCAAUAAUCUGUAUUAUAUGGUUAGCAGAAUCUCCUCCUUUUCCAAAGAAAAAUAUGAAAUCUAAUAAGGAAAGAAUUAUUUUAGAGUGUGACAUUGGGUCAAUAAUUGCAUUUUAUGCUGUGCUUGGAUAUAUUGGCCUGUUAUCAGUCCUGUGCUUUGUUUUGGCUUUUCUUGCCCGGAAAUUACCAGACAAGUUUAAUGAGGCAAAAUUCAUCACAUUCAGUAUGCUUGUAUUUUGUGCUGUUUGGAUCACGUUUAUUCCAUCUUAUAUCAGCUCUCCUGGAAAGUAUACAGUAGCAGUAGAGGUAUUUGCUAUUCUGGCAUCAAGUUUUGGUUUACUUCUCUGUAUUUUUGCUCCAAAAUGUUAUCUCAUACUGUUAAAGCCACGUAAAAAUUCAAAAAAAUAUUUAAUGGGUAAAAUGAGCUUGAAAUAA